AUGAAUGCAAGUAAACGGGGACCUUGGUUUUAUCUCAUCAUACUGCUUGUGUCAUUGGAAAUCGACUGCCGGCUCGGGCAGAAGAAAGAGAAGGAAGCUUUCAAGUUUGAUACAUGCAAUCAAACGGCAUGCAAAGAGCUGGGAAAACGUUUUUCAGAUACAAUCAACAACUCCAUACUGCCUUGUAAAAAUUUUUAUGAGCACGUUUGCAAUAGGUGGAAUCAGUUAGAUUCACAAGGACGCAGCAAGUAUAUUCAUCGUGUUGACGUCCGGAAACUACUUCAUGAAGUUCUGGAAAAAAGUACAACGAAGAAAGAUGGCGAACUUCAAGCGGCAGAUAUGGUAAAAAUAGCGUACAAUUCAUGCAUACAAAAUAAAGGUGAUUACAGAAAAGAGGCCGAAGUAAUUAAAAGUCUACUCAAGAGAUACGGUAUUAAGUCAUGGGCUUUGCAACCCGGAGUGUCCCGCACGAACUACCUCAGCGUGCUAAAUUCUACUGGUCUGUACCCAUUCCUGAACGUGGAGGUGAAACGAACCAAAUCGAGUCCGUCCCGAAAUGCUCUGGUGGUGUCUGCUGCUUCGCCACAUGUUCUACCCUGGACAGAUUGGCAAGGACACGGGAUAAGCCAGAGAAAACGAGAUAACAUAAAAAAGGCCUACAAAAAGUUUAUCAAAGAUGUUAUACUGUUAGUUCAUCCGAAGCGUCCUAAUGCAGAAACAAUUGCUGCGGGCAUCAUGCACUUCGAAGAAAGCCUCGCGAAGCUUGAUGAAAUGUGGUUCAAGAGAGUUGCUGGAUUUUGGGUUGAUCCCACGUUGCCCAUUAGAGAGAUGCAAAAUCACCUUUCAAAAAAGUUUCCCCUCUUCCUACUUUUGAGCAAUCAAUUCAAGAAGGUGAACAUCACUCUUAAGUCCAAUCAACACGUAACGGUGCGAAACAGAUAUCACGUUAAUGCAAUACUCGAAUACAUACAGAAGACUGACUCUAACCUCUUGCAGGAUUACAUGGGCUGGAUGUUGAUACUGGAUUACAUUAAAACUGCCGGAGGAAAACUUCAGGUGUAUUGGAAAACAUUUAAAAACGAAGCAAAGUUCAGCCCUGAGAAACCAAAAGAAUGGAAGGAACUCUGUUUGGACGCACUGGUAACAGAGGAAACAACAAUGUAUGCUCCUGCAGCUUACCUUUACUUACAAAGCUACUUUCCCCCGAACGAAAAACAACAAGCGCUUCUAAUGAUCAGUUACAUCGUUGAUGCAUUGGCAAAGUUAAUUAAAAAGAACGACUGGAUGGAUCCGAAAGCGGUGAAUAAAGCCCUUGAUAGGCUGCAAAAAGUCAAAUACAGAAUCGGUUAUGACGAAUUUUUUGUGAACAUGACAUACUUGAAUACGCUUUACACUUUCGUUGCCAGAGAGAAUAUAACGCACCAGACUCCAUUUAUAACAAUACACAGCAUGCUUCGUAGGAACCUUGAAUUGAAAAGAAUGCAAAGUCUUGGGAGUAAUGAGGAAGAGUUUGACUAUCGCUUUGGACCCUUCUUCACCCAGGGCUACUAUGACUCAACUUCAAACACGCUAAUUUACCAGGCCGCUGCGAUUCAAGGAAUUUUCAGCGAAGAACAUCUUCCAAAAUCCUAUCUAUAUGGUGGACUUGGGUCAAAAAUAGCCUACCAGCUUGCACGCGCCGUAGAAACAAUGGAUAUAUCAACUACUAAUUCAGGUGUUCCAGGCAAUGUGUACGUUUGGUCAGGAAUCAUGGUAAAAAAUUACUUGAAGGCAGUGAACUGUCUCCAGAGAGCAAAUCGAAAGGCAAAAGAGGACGAAACGCCAAAAAUAAAAUUUGCGAGCUACGCUGCCUCCAGCUUGGCCCGCCAGGCAUACGUUGAAGCAAUAAAGGACGAGAAUGUGGAUUACGCCCUCCCAGGUGACCAGUCUAUUACUUCUGAGAAACUCUUCUACUACACUUAUGGACAGCUUUUCUGCAGAGGAGCUGGGUACAGUUAUACUGUCACCGAGAGUGAAGAAAGGUUAAACUUCAUGAUGAAAUUAGACCCAGUUUUCUUGGACCUAUUCUCCUGCCCGAAAUAUGUCCCCAAGUUGGAGGCCCCAGGAGACGACUGCGUGAUCAUUCCGGAAAAACCGAAGAAGAAACGCAAGCCUAAGAAGGACAUGUCCCUCAAGUUAGCCGCUAUUGGAGCCGUUGUUCAACAAAUCCUAGAAAACAACCUAACCGCUUUGCUCGAUUCAGAUAUUGAAGUUCUUGAUAUUAUAACAGUAUAG